AUGGCAUUGCUGCUACUAAUGCAACUGCUGCCACUGCUUCUCGGGCUUGGGCUGGGCGCUGCCGUCAAUAGAACUAGAAUCAGGUCGCCGCGUCUCCACCAGGACCAAGUAGAUGGAGCACACAGGAUGGAACGCCGUGCAGCACAGCGCAACAUGAAGCCAACCUCGAAGCCGGCCAACCUCGACGAGAGACCAUGGCCCGCCAGCCCUGCCACCACAAAGCACCCAAAUAAGACCCAAACCGAGUCCAAGACCUACAGCGAACCGGGCUUGGUCCCCAGGGCCAGCGUGUGCCUCUUCCUGCUUCCUCCAAGCCCAGUGGAGGGGUACAAAGUGGAACCCCGAGCCUCAGUAGCGCGGGAAUGUUCCAAAACGUCCCAGCAGCGCAACCUAACCCCCGACACCACCUCUCACGCCUCGAACCAACCAAGCUCUGUCCCCAAAGUCCGCCCUCCCGGGGGCCCAUGGCCGGGCCGAUCAUCUGCGUCUGGCGCCGUCGUAGGGCUGUGUGACGACAGCAUCGUCAUCCCCUCCAAGAGCCAUCACUGCAUCAGAGCACCACCACGGCCAGCACGCACUGCACUCUGUCCAACCGCUGGCGCCUGCCUCUCCUCCCAGCCCAAACGCUCAAUGACACCGACCCCAAGGGGCAUGAUGCUUCUCCUCACUCGACUUGGCUCUCUGGACCCCUGUCGUUCCAGAGUUUCCAUUCACACCCACCCAACCACACGGGAUGGCUCAGGCACCACGGCUUCAGCGCCAUCCGCAUGGCUCAUCCUCAUGGCCGUUUGGCCCCCUUGGCCUGCCAUUGCCUGCUAG